GCAGCGGCUGCGGCGGCCGCGUCCUUUAUUUUUGCUGCAGCAGCGGCGACUUGUCAAAGGGAAAGACGACUUUGCACUGUAAGAGUGCCCGACGGCUGAUUUUGGGGCCUGCGACUCGUCGGUUUUCUUUUCUGCUGAGGAACACAGCUUGUGUUUAAACACCAGGAAAAGAGAAUGAAUUCUACUUCACGUGCUUGGUCCCUGUUCCCUUCAGCCAACCAACCUUUCUGAUCCAGGUCUGAGGCUUGCCCCAACACACCCCCAACCAGGGGACCAUUGCAGCCCCUGCUCCACAAUAACCAUGUGCGACGUGAAGGCUGUGAUCAAAACUGUGGAUAUGUCAGAGGAGAUGCAACAGCACUCGGUGGAGUGUGCCACUCAGGCAUUGGAGAAAUACAAUGUAGAGAAGGACAUCGCAGCCCACAUAAAGAAGGAGUUUGACAAGAAGUACAAUCCUACCUGGCACUGCAUUGUGGGGAGGAAAUUCAGUAGUUAUGUGACACAUGAAACCGAACACUUCAUCUACUUCUACAUGGGCCAAGUGGCCAUUCUUCUGUUCAAAUGUGGUUAAAAGCAUGGACUGUGUCACACAUGCAGUGAUCCAUCCAAAAACAAGGACUGCAGCCUAAAUUCCAAAUACCAGAGACAGAAAUCUUCAGCCUUGCUUAAGAGAACACUUCAAUCUCACAACCUUUGUUGAGUUGCUUUGUACAGGACAUUAUCUGUACUAACUUGUUGUGGUUAUAAACAAUUAGCAAAACAGCUUAUAUUUGUAUUUAUUUUCUACCCCUCUCUGUCCCAUGUUUUUCCUCAUCAAAAUCCAUUCCUUUAAAAAAAAAAAGUCUGUUGGAGAAAUAAAGAUCAGUAGGCAGUUAAGUACUUUGUAGUACUAAUGUUACUCUGGAACUCUUGGUUACAAGAAUUCCAACCUGGACUUGUUGAAGCAAAAAUGAAGGAGAAUUAGGGGCCUCCCUGGUGGCACAGGGGUUAAAGACAGUGCUAUCAAGCUAUCACCAGCCACUGCAGCAUGAGUUCCAUCCCAAUCCCUGGCGGGCCAGGGAGCUGACCCACAAGGUGCAGCUGACCUCUCCUGCCUCGCCCUUUGCUUCCCUCAGCAGUGUAUUUCAGUAGAUCUGCCUGUUCUGCUCCCCACUCUCUGGUGAAUCCUCUCACCUCCUGCACCUCUGGCUUACACCCCAG